AUGGCCCCAAACUCCCAAAGACGCCCAGAAUCGCUGUCCGCGAUGAAAGGUCUCACUGCUCCGUGGUUUCUCACCGAUAGGGGAAGUGAGAGAAGAUCCAAAACCUCCCGCUUUACAGCGACCGAUCUUAUUGCGAAUCCUGUCCUGAUUCUGGGAUCGUUUGGAAAGGUCGGCCAAGCUGAUGCCACCUCUAUGCCUGCUCCGAAAACUGCCAAGCCGGGAAAACCAAAGACACUGGACCUGGAGAAUGCGAUACCAACACAUGAUGAAGAGGCAAGCGACGGCUCAGAAACUACUGGAUCGACGAAUAUACAGGUUGACGUCCACCGUAAAAUCACAGAAACUACUACCUUGCCUUCAGGCCCCCUUUUGACCCCCGAGCGUAGCCCUGGUUCCCACCGUCUUUUGAACAGAACCGAUUUGACCAUUUCUCCAUCCACAAGAACGUCAAUCAUGCUAGAUGACGAUUUCCCAACAAGUAGUUCUCGCAUCUCAAAAAGCCGGACGUACCACGGACGCCGAACGAUCAAGCUGGGUGGACAAACGACUACGUUGAGUGAUGACGAAUUCACUGCGCCAGUGAACAUAGUUCAGGAUGGGCUGAGCACUAUUCCUUAUGAAGAACUGACAUCUUUAAAAAAGCCUAAUCAUCGUCUACAUCCUUUCGAAAUAGCGUCAGCCAUGCCCAAGCAAGAAAAGGCGACUCGAAAGGAUAUACCUGAAGUGAGUUUAAAGCGUUCAAGGAAAGAAAGGGUAAACCCCGGGGGAGUUACAUCAAAGGGAAACUCACAGGGACCUACGGAAAAGCAAAAUAAAAGGCCAACGAAAAGUCCAAAAUAUCACCCAGGACUACUGACCUCAGUGGAGCAAAAAUUGGGAGACAGCCCGGCGGCGAAAGCUUCUGACGUUUGGGACUUGGUGGAAGAAGUCACUCGGGAGGUGACCCAGAGCCCCAAGACCCGUAAAGUGUUUGAUACAACGAGAAAUGUACUGAUAAAGGUCCCCAGACACGGCAUAGAAGCCGAUACGUUCGCCCAGUCGGUAGCACGGAAGCUCGACUUCUCCAGUUACACAUCCGGAAGGGUCUCCCCCAAGCCAGAAUCCGGCCGAAAGCUCGGGUCAGUGCCGGAUGGGCCAGACAGGGAUACUUUAUCUAAUUUCUCUCCGUUUGUAGAGAAAUCAGAUACCAAAACCUACAAAGCCAUGCGAAGCUUUCGCUACGCCCCAGACGACGAACCCGGUACGUAUGUCAGUGAUGAGGCUUCCGACUCUGAAACCUCCCAGGAACCGACAGCGUCUCCGUUAAAGCCACCUAAUAACAUCCACGACCUGAGAGCCGCAGCCAAAAGCAAGGUACACUCGGAUAUCCUCUACACGUUUGAGAGUUUCGAAGGGAACUCCCUCUCGCAGCACCACUCGGCCAUGUUGGAAACCACAUUGAGGUUGUUUGAUGUUUCGUUCGCAGACGAGUUCAAGACCAUGGGAGGUUUCCCAGAGCACGUUUUGGAGCGAAUUUGGAGCUCUGGGGACUUUGUUCUUCAGCUUCUGUUGCUCCUCUCGUGGGUUGUUUUGUGCAAUAACUCGGCCGCUCUGGGGGUCCCCCAGGACGCGGUGGAUGCCCAGAUCGUAUCGCAUCCUUGCCAGACUGCGCAGGUCAUCUCCUCGUUGCUUGAGGUGGAUCAGAGCUUGAAUGUGCACAUGAAAACGGUGGGGGUCUCCAAGAUCUGCGAGAUUGCCUUUGCGGAGUUGUACGCAAAGUUGCAGAGGGUGACGGACGAACGGUACAAAAAGAUCCCCGACGUCAGCUCCGAAAAGUUGAUCUCUCCCAGCUACUUUGCCUUCCAGCUUAUCAUGUGCGUGAUCAACAUCGCCGGCUCGGGGGAGACUAUGGUGGCGCAGAAUGCCCUCCGGACGCUUCAGAGCAUCCACUACUCGGUAUUGGAGAUUUUUAACCGCCUGUAUGGUGCAAACCCUGCCUUAUCUUCCCAAGAAGAGUACAUAAACACCACCCUCGCGCUUUUGUCUGUUAAACACACUCUUCCGCACGUCCUGUCUGACGAAGGACUCCAGGCUUUUGCACACAAUAUCGCUGCCUUUGUGGAAAGCAUCAGUCCUGAGGAGGUUUUUGCGUGUAAAACCGCCCAUGACCCCAGGGUUAGUGCGUUAAAUGAAGCAUUGCAGUUGCUUAUCUUGCUCGACAAGCGAGCGGUCUUUUCGCCUGCCCUCGUGGAGCAAGUCGUAACUUUGGCGGUGCACUUUGCCGUUCCGUCCGGGCUCGAGAACAGCGAAACCCCGCUCUAUGCACUUGGGUUGUUGGUAAAAAACAUUGCCUCUCCGCUGGUGCUCCCCGAGUUAAAGUACAAGAAGAAUUUGGGCCCUUUGGUCGAGGCGAUCCUGUCCUGGUGGUUGCGUAUCGAGGAGGACGACUCGCUCACUGGCCACUGUUACGGAUAUUUAUGCUACGUGGUGGGCCGUGUAAUGACCAGCGAAAACCCAAGGUUGGCCCGCAACCAGAUGGCAAAACUAAGAGGCAUCAGGAAAGAGCUUGAGAAAGGUUUGCAGAUCUUUCGGACCAUGUCGCCGGAGUUUGAGAUGCAAGUCCUGGCAUUUUUCGAAAAAAUGAAGAGCGUGUCAUGA